AUGCAAUGCAUAUGCCCUCUUGAAAAUAAAUCUUUUACAAAGGAAAUAAAAAAUAACAAAGAAAUUGUUAAACAUCUUAAAAAAUGUCCUCUGUUCUUAAAACAUUUAUAUUAUCAUUAUAGUCCAUUUUAUUUUCCUCAUAUAAAUGAUAGUAUAUAUAAGUUAACAGAAAAAAUAAAUGAAAAUAAAAAAAAUGAUUUUAUAUUAUAUUCAGAAAUAGAAAAUGUGCUAUAUGAAUAUUAUAACUUUUUCAAUGAUACAAUAUUAGAUAUACUUAUAAAAAAAGAUAUAGAUAUAAAUAGAUAUGAAUUAUUUAUAAAAUUAAAAUAUGAAAUAUUACUAAAAUGGUUUUUAAAAUAUGGUAGUAAAGGUUUAUUAGUGAAAUUACAAGAUGAUGAAUCUUUAAAAAAAAUUAAAAAAAAAUUAAAUUUGGGAAAUUUGGGAAAUUUGGGAAAUUUGGGAAAUUUGGGAAAUUUGGGAAAUUUGAAAAAUUUGGAGAAUUUAAGUAAUUCUUAUAAUACAAGUUUAGAAUAUAUAGACAAUUUUUUAAAUUAUUUUAUCGAAAAUAUAAGCGAUCAAAUUAUAAAAACACGAGGUCCACCUUUAAUUUAUAGUGGCGAGUCAGAAAAAAAUGGCGAACUGUUUGAUUCAGCAAAGGGCUAUAUGCAACCCAUUUUAAGUUUGAAAAACAUAACAAAUAUUCAUAAUUAUGAAAUAUGUAAAAGAAUUGUAAAUUUUAUAAAUACAGAUAUAUUUUUCGAAGAUGGAAAAGAAGAUAUGUUUAUAUCCGAAAAUGAUGUAAAAGAUAAUGCUAGAAUAUAUGACAAAGAUGAAAUAUAUAGUUUGAUCAUUUAUUUAGCCAUAUAUUUAUGUUGUAAAACAAGUAUUAAAAAAAGAAUUAAAAAUAAUAAUUUAUUUGGUAUUGAAAAAGAAGAAGAUUCUUCAUGUUCAUAUAAAUCUAUCCACUUUCUUUUAAAAAACAUAAAUAAGCAUGAUAUACAAAAUAUUAAUAUAGUAUUUAUUUUUCUAUAUUUUAACAAAUCAUUUUACAAUUUUUUUGAAUCACUAAUUAAUAAUAAGGAUAUAAUUUAUAAUCAGGAAAAUAUUCGAACAAAUUUGUUUAUAGAGUUAGGGGCUGGAAAGGGAGGUACAACUAGAUGGGUUCAUUUUAUUAUGAACAAUUUAGUAGAUAUUUUAGAAUUAUAUUUUAACAAACUUGAUCAAAACGCUUUUGGUUCUACUAAGAAACUGCCAAACAUUUCAGAAAAACCGAGUCAGAACGAAAUUGCUCGCGGAGUCCACUCUCAGAAUCGCAAAAAAAAUAAAUGCAAAAUUUUGAUUAUAGAAAGAGAAGCAUAUAGAAAUAAAAAAGAAAAAAAAGGAAUUUUUAUGGAAAUGGAAAAUAACAUUGAAAAUAUUAUAAGAAUAAAAUCAGAUGUUGGUGAUUUUAACUUAUUUCGACUUUUAAUUUUUUUAAAAAAUAAAAAUCAAGAAGAAAAAAAUCGAUACAUAGUUCCAGAUAUAAUUCAAUAUUAUUAUUACAAUGGUGUGUAUAAAAGAAUCAAUAAAUUUGAGUUUAUAGAAAAUUCAAAAUUUGAAAAAAAUAUAAACAUGAUAGAUAUUGAACAAUCUAAACAAACAAAACAUCUUGACAUAAAAAAUGAAGAAACUAUAUCUAUUACUAAAACACAUUUCAUACAUUCAGACAAUCUUUUAAUAAAAAAUUUAAAUUUUAUAGAACAGUAUUUUGAUAUUCAUGUUCAAAAAUUAUUCUCAUUUCUUUCACAAGGAAAUAACAAUAUUUUCAGGGUACAUAAAAAUAUGGAAUUAUUUUUGAGCGAUUUUAAAUGUCAAAGCGUUUCAUUUUUAACAAAACAUUUGUGUGGCAAUGGGACAGAUUUAGCUUUAAGGAUGUUAAUAAAUAAUAUUAAAAGUAAUUUCACACAAAAUUAUUUUAUCAUAUCCACAUGUUGCCAUCACAAAUGUGAAGUUGAUAAAAUCUUAGGAAUAAAAUAUUUAAAAGAGCUUAAAAUUGAUACAAAAUAUUUUCAGCAUAUUAUUCAUCAUAUAUCAGGGUACGCUUCUUGCGCAAAUAAAGAAAAAAGACGAAUUGGGAAAAAAAUAAAAUUGCUAAUCGACCUAGUUCGAAUACGGCAUCUUAUUUCCGAAGGAAUGAAAAACGUCCACUUAGUCAAAUAUGUGAAUCAAUCUAUCACCAUCGAAAAACAUGCUAUCUUAUUUUUUAACAACAACCAGUUGAAUCUUAGAGGGUUUAAAUCGUACUAG